ACGUCGAUAUUUGAUAAUGUGAUACAUUUUAAAGUGGUAAUUUAAUGCUAGGUAUUGCUAAGUAAAAGGGGUAUAAAACUGUACUAAUAUUGCAUUUUAAGUGUUUGACGGAAAUUUACUACUUAAUUGUAUGGAGCAGUUUAUUUUCGUUAUAUAGUUGUAAAUUUGAGGUUAAUUUUAAAAAGAUUCAGAUCGGAGUUUGUUAACUAAAGAAAUUAAACGUUCAGGUAUGGCGAAUGAGAAGUUAACGAUGCAAGCUUUGAUUGAACACGAUCGAGUACAACCGAAAUUAAAAGCGACAGGAACAUCAAACUCUUCUACAGUCAUUAAAGAGAAUGCCUCAAUCAAAAGUGGCGAUGCUGUUCCAAAGAGAAGAAGAAACCCAUCAUCAAGUGAUACAAAAUCUCAGAAAUCAGUGUCCAUGGCACCGCCAAAAACGGGUAUAAAUUUCUUUCGAAUAGUGGCAGCAACCAAAGCAUGGCAAAGACUAGCAAAACAGAGAGCAGCCAAAAGGUCUCCGAAACUAACACCGAAGUGCGAAAAUACGUACAGACUAGAACCGGCGGAAGGCCAACAUUUCUCUCCGCAGAAAGUAGAACUCGUCAUGAAAAACGUUAUUGAAAACCACCCCGGACUAGAUCAAUAUAACCAUAUCCGUAGUAAACUCUUAGUACGAGAUUUAUCCGAGAAGAUAAACGAGAAAGUGAAAGAACUAGAUUUCCCGAGGUAUAAGCUUGUGUGUAAUGUUAUUAUCAUGGAGAAAAAAGAUCAGGGAGUAAAUAUCGCUAGCAGGUGUAUAUGGAACCAACAAACAGACAAUUUCGCAUCUUACACGUAUAAGAAUGGUGCAGCGAUAGUUGUGGCCUAUGUUCAUGGUGUAUAUCUGGAAUAAAUGGAAGGAUAACUGUAACCAUGUUCUGUUUAUGAUGUUCGCUUCUGUUUCGUAAAAAACGUGCUUUUUGGAAGAAAAAAACAACAGUUUUUGAUUGAUUGGAUAUAUAUUGAAAAACGGAACUAAUAAAGCAGUCCUUGUUUUCGAUAUAUUAGCCAUUUAAAAUUUUGCGGGUAACAAUUGUCCUUGGAUUUGAUACAAACCCAUUGGCAUCUUUUUUCAUUCAAAAACUAUGAAAAAAACAAGGAUUUUAUAAAUGUUGGCGGCGUUGGCGAAUUUGGCAAACAGUUAUGAUUUCAAUAAUUUAAAAUGUUGGCGAAGUUGUCGAACAGGUAAUGAUUUCGACAAUUUAAAAUGUUGGCGACGAAGCCAAACAUUACGAAGUUUUACACAAUCCUGUACCUGAAUAGAAUAUCUAGAGAAAAAUCAAAAACAUGGGGAGCAAAAAUUCUCAAACCGUAUAAUUACACAUAGAUAAUACAAAAUGAUUUGAUAUUUUUAUGCAUUUGGACGAAUAUGGUAUGGUAGUGUAUAUUGUUUGCGGCUCUUUCUGUCUGAUGUCUUUGUUCACAUCAACUUUAGUCCUGUUGGUUGAAAAAGUUUAAAACACUUUUCUUGGUUUAAAAGGGAUGGUGAUAUGAGGGAUUCCGUGCUAUACCAGUUUCAGUGGAAAAAGAAGAAGAAACACGAAUUGGAGAAACAACUGUUGCAUUUUUUUAUUACAGUAUGUUUAUCCUUCAUCAUAAACUGACGUUUUUAGUGUGUUCUUUUCGAUAAUUCCUAUUUGAAAAAAGUAAUGCAGCAGACUUGGUUUGAUAAUUUUUCUAGAUCGUACCGCGUAUAGAUAUGGAUCAAAAAUGCACUACAUCUGUUAUUUUGAGUUUGAGUUUAAUUUGUUAUUUCUUUUUCUCCUUUAAUUCCUUUAAAAAAAUUCUUCGAAUUCCUGCAUUAUUAAUAUUAUAACACAAAGUUGUCAA